CCCUGAAAAACCCCACCUUUACCCUAAAGACAAAUGUUCAUUUCUACAUAAAUCUCCUCCUCUACAGCACACCCUACUCAACAAACACUUCUCUCUCCUCCUCUCUAAAACACAGUACUCUCUUUAAUCUUUAUCACCCACUUAUCAUCACUCUCCUUACUUCUCUCUCUCUGGCCCUCACAGACAUGGCAGAAAAAAUCAUGCCCAUCUUCUAACAUGCACAGAAAAGAGCAAAAAAAUCCGUUCUUUACGAGUUUUUGAUAACUUCCAUACCCAGCGAAAGCGCUUUCAUUCGAUAUCUUUUCGUUUCUGAACUUCCCCAGAAAUGGAAGAAUCAAACGGCUUUGACUAUGGGCCAACGGACUUGCUCUGUGAUGAAGAAACCAAAAACUUGUGCUUUCUUGACGACGACGACGGCGAUUUAGUGGAAUCUUCCGAUGACCGGAGCCACUUAACCGAUGGCGAUAAGAGCAGCGGCGGAUCAGAAUCCGAGCCGUUGAUUCUUUGGCCGUGCCUGAGUGAAGAUUGCAUUCGUUGGAUGGUAGAGAGAGAAAGUGCCCACAUGCCCAGAGACGAUUAUCUCAUGAGAUUGAGGACUGGGGAGUUGGAUAUGGGUUUGAGGAGAACAGCUCUUGAUUGGAUGAUUAAGUGUUGUUCGCUGCCUGCUUGUACCCACCACAAUUUUGGGGAGUUGUGUUUGUAUUUGGCCACAAAUUACUUGGAUCGGUUCCUAUCCGUGUAUAACCUGCCCGGAGGUAAAACAUGGGUUGUUCAGCUAGCAGCAGUAGCUUGUUUAUCACUAGCAGCAAAAUUUGACGAGGUUAACGUGCCCAACUCCGUGGAUUUACAGGCUGGGGAGCCAAAGUUCUUGUUUGAAGCAAAAACCGUACAAAGAAUGGAGCUUUUGGUGCUCAACUACUUGAAGUGGAACAUUAAACCUUACACACCAUUCAACUUCAUCGAGUAUUUUCAUAGAAAGAUGAGUGGCUCUGAUGUUGAAAUCCCAUCAGAGCUGUUGAUCACAAGAUCAAUUCAGAUCAUCCUGAACACAAUUAAAGGUAUUGAUUUCUUGGAGUUCAAACCUUCUGAAAUAGCAGCAGCAGUGGCUUCGUAUGUUUUGGGCGAACAAGCCAUGGACCUUGAUAAGGUUUUGUCUGGUUUUCUCAUAAUAGAGAAGGGCAGAGUCUUGAAGUGUCUUGAACUGAUUCAAGACCUGAUAUCAACGAGUGGGACUACUUAUCCUUCUGAUAGUAGAACUACUAAAGCUGUAAAUUUGGCUAAUGGUUCGAUUUUAUCGUUAUCCAUUUGCCAUAGUCCAAACGGAGUCUUAGAUGUGGCUUGUUUGAGCUAUAAAAGUGAUGAAAGAAAAAGAGUUCCUUCGGAGGCUAAUCCGAACAAGAAACGGAGGAAAUUGGACGAGAAGACGGAUUUUGGGGGGUGAAGCAUGAAACUCGAGUAAAAAUGUUUAAAUUGUUUUUUUAUUUAAUUCACACCCCUGAAAAUUCCAAAAUUGGUUUUUGGUACAUGUCCUUGAACAAGAAGAGGAUGUUCAAGGAGAAAACGGAGAGAUCUCAUGAGAAAUAGUUGCUACUGUUUAUGAAUAAUGAACUGUUAUAAUACAAGGACUUUAUGGUUUAGAGGUGACAAAGAAGCCCCAUAAUUUAAAGAAGGGGCAAUUUCUUGUGAAAAAAAAAAAAGAGAGGGUUCGGUUUUUAUGUAAUUGUUUUUGAGAUGAACAAUAGAGGAGGUGAGGGGAUUUAAGGGGAUCAAAUAUUUAUAUAUAUAUUUUUUUAAUAAUAUUUGUUAAUUUAUUUUAUUUUCCCUCUGUUAAAUUGGGUUGUGAAUUUUAGAUGAAAAUUAUUUGUGAAUUAAGUUGUGAAUUUGAAUGGAUCUACAGUUUUUG